ACCCAAUAUUAGUGCUUAGGUGUUUAAUUUUUUUAUUUAGUAAUGUCUUUCAAUGUAAUUAGUAAUUAGUAAUUAGUAAUUAUUAUUCCCCUUUGAUUGUGAACUUGAAUUUUUAUCAUUCCCAGAUGAAUCUUUUACAGGAAAAAGGAAAGAAAAUGAAGUUAGAGGUAUGCAAUGGUGUGUUCCUAAUCAGAAUACAAGUAUGGAAGCUCAUUUUUGGUUGACAAAACAGGGGUUUGAUGUUUCAAUUUUCAUCCUAUUGAAUAUGGCUAAAAAGAAUGGUUCUAACAGCUUCCGCAUGCCUCUUCACUACCCUCUAUACAAGAAGACGGAUUAUGAGGAAAUGGAGGAAUGGAAAGUGGAUAAUCUGCUGAAGCAGUAUGGACUCGAUCAUCAUGUCAAGGGUAGCCUUGACGAGAAGAGGAAGUUUGCUAUGGGUGCGUUCCUGUGGCCUGCCCAGUUCUGAGUUAAUUAAAAUUGGCCUAUAAAAUAAGCAUAAAUCGCGUAGAUCAUUGGCACUAUAAUA